AUGGCAGCCGCCUUCGACGUUGAAUCUGCUCGAAAGCAUUUCCCAGCACUUUCCCACCAGCAGAUAUACUUUGAGAAUGCAGGAGGUAGUCAGAUCUUGAAGGAAGUGGUCGAUACCAUCUCAAACUACCUUCUCGACAACAAUGUUCAGCUUGGAGCGUCAUACAAGAAAUCCCAGGAAUCCACGGAGCUCUUCGGCAAAGGCUGUGAGGCAGUGGCAAAGUACAUCAAUGCCUCACCCGAAGAGGUCGUUCUCGGACCAUCCACGACACAGCUCUUCCGGAAUCUAGCCUUCUCCUUGUACGACUACAUAACUCCAGACUCAGAAAUCGUAAUCUCAAAGCUGGAUCAUGAAGCCAACAUUGCCUCCUGGGUCCAGCUAGCCGAAGACAAGAAGUGCAAGCUGAAGUGGUGGGGCUCAUCGAACAAGACGAACCCUCAGCUCGACUGUGGUGAGCUUCGCAGUCUGAUGUCCGAGAAAACGAAGCUGGUCACUUGCACACACACGAGUAAUGUGCUUGGGACGAUCAAUGAUAUCAAAGCCAUUGCCAAGACAGUCCAUGGGGUGCCGGGAGCGCUUCUAUGCGUGGACGCUGUAGCAUUCGCGCCACACCGAGCAGUCGAUGUGAGAGAUCUGGAAGUGGACUUCUACUCCUUCAGCUGGUACAAGGUGUAUGGCCCGCACAUCGCCAGUCUGUAUGCUUCGAAAGCAGCACAGAAGCACCUCCGGACGCUGGGUCAUUUCUUCAAGCCGACGGACACUCUGGAGAACCUGCUGGGGUUGGCAGCAGCAAACUAUGAGCUGACGGCAAGCAUACCGCAAGUAGUAGACUAUCUUGCCAGCCUGUCGUGGGAUGACAUUGCAGAGCAUGAGCAGCGACUCCAAUCGAUCUUAUUAGAGUACCUGCGGAGCAAGCCAGAUGUCUUCAAGAUCUGGGGCGAGCCUUCUGCGAAUAAGGCGAAGAGGGUGCCUGUCAUGAGCUUCACAGUAGCCGGACGGAGCAGCAAGGACGUGAUCGACGCCAUCGAGAAGCAGAGUGACUAUGGCUGUAGAUAUGGUGCCAUGUACUCAAACAGACUAGUGGUCGACAUCAUGGGCCUGGAUGCGGUCGAUGGCGUAGUGAGGAGGACGAAGUGA